CGUUUACCCCAGCUUGCUUUGUGAGUUGUGUGGCUGUUCCUGGUGCUACUGUUCCUCUCCCGAUCGCUCGUGCUCCCAGCUGCCAAUCCCUCGUGUUGGCUCCCUAGCCUCAGCCGCAUUAACCUCGUUUCCCUGCCGUGUUCAAAUAAAACACCCGCUCGCUCGCCCUUUCGUUUUCAUCUCCUCAAUCCUAUCCGACCAUCUCUUGCUUCGAUCGUUCAUUCAUUCGUUUUUAGUUGUCUCUCGCGAACAACCAUCUAUCGACCGCUUUCUCACCGUGUGUCGUCAUCAUGGGCAAAGGCGGUAGAAUAGCGUGCAUCUUCACGCCCUACCUCCUCUCAAUCGGAGCCCUCGUCUGUCUCAUCUUUGUCGGUUUGGGUGUGACAAGCUCCAACGCUCCAUUAAAUGAUAUUUACUUCGUCAAGGCCGACCUAAAAGACUUGAACCUCAAUUCAAAAGGCCUUCCCCAAGACCUCCUGCCCUUUACCAACAGCCUCCAACAAGCAGACGGCAGCGGCAAGCUACACGAUUUCUACCUCAUUGGCCUCUGGAACCACUGCUACGGCGAGUAUGAGAACGGCCAGUACAAGAUCAUCAGAUGUACCGACCGCAAAGCCAAAUACUGGUUCGACCCCGUCAAAGAAUGGGAUCUAGAAGAUUUGGUCAAGGAUAAAGAUGGCCACAAGUUCUUACCUUCUAGCCUCGAUAAGGGCCUCAGUGCCUACCGGAAGGUUGCUGGAUGGAUGUUCAUCGCCUUCAUCGUGGCGUUAGUAGCAACCUGUGUCGAGUUACUGGUUGGUAUCGCUGCUGUUUUCAGUCGAUGGGGUAGCCUGGCUGUCACCAUCGUGUCUUCUGUCUCCUCCGUUUUCUUUUUUGCCGCCGCCAUCACCGCUACUGCGAUGUACGCCGCUCUAACUGCCGCCGUCAACACUUCCCUAAAACCCUACGACGUCCACGCCUCACUGGGCAAAACCAUGUUCUCAACUCUCUGGCUGGGGGUUGCCUUCUCCCUCGCCUCUGGCGUCUUCUGGCUUUUCAGCGUCUGCUGCUGCUCCGGUCGUUCACCUUACAGCCACUCCAACAACAGCGGUAGUGGCUUCGGCGGCCGUCGCAACCGCGGCAUUACCGCUGAGAAGACUCCAUAUACGUACGAGCGCGUUUCGGAUCCGUAUGGCGGCGCCCCGACAGCGCCGUUCAUGCCCGCUGCAGCGGGUGGUGCACCUGUAGGCGGCGCCGGCGUGGGCGGGAGGGAUAUGGCGUACGAGCCAUUCAGACAUCAUGAUGCGCACGCAUAAAGGGUCGAUUGGUGUAUUGGAUGAAUAUUGGUAAAAUGGAUGAAAAUGAACUAUGGUAGUUUGGUUCUUGAUUGUGAUUGAUACCUACUGCUGGCCUCUCCCGUUACGCUACGUGAUGCUACGCUAUCCCCCUCUCCCACCCUCCAUUUCCCGCAUGUAUAUGUGUUUUGCCUCCGGAUACAUGUGUGUGUGUGUAACGUGCGUUUGUAUGUGUGCACACUCAUUCCCCUUCCCCUUGGUUGGGAUGGGAAAAGUUUCACAUAUGUAUACGUACGCGCGCACAUGCAUACGCACACAACCACCAUUCCAUCUAAAUAAGGGGCAGGAUAAGUAAGGGAUAUUUUGAUCAUACACCCUUCUCUCCUGGCCCCUCUCCAUUCUCAUGUGAAAGUGACAGAUUUAAUGUCUUUCCUUAUUUUUUUAUCUUUUUCUUCAUUAUGGUUAAGCCAUCGACUAUGUUUGCUUUAUUUUGGCUUCGCAUGCUGUAUUUUCAUAUCUCUAUCUAUAUAUCUCAACAUCUGUUAUUAUUUACGUGAUUUGCAUUAGAUUACAUCCUAUAUAUGUUCAUUUAUACAAAUCUCUAUUUUCUAGGACCAUC